AUGAGUCGCGAAAACUGCCAAUCCACCGACAAGGCCAAGAAGAAAAGUGGCAUGGCUCGGUGGCUAUCACAAUUCAAGUCGUGGGUUGCGGUGAGUGAGCCAUCAGGCCAAGCGUUUGAGCAGCACCGCAAGGAUAUGUUCAAGAACAACGGAGUCCUGCCCCGCGACCCAGACGCAAGCAUGAAGCUGCACGUCCCCCCAACAAGAAUACCGGAGGAGGCAAUAAAGCCAUCCGGCCUCGGCCCGGAUCCUGAGGACCUCGCGGCAGCGAGGAGAAGAAACCGUCAAGCUUGUGCCGGCUCAUCUGCCUCUCGCAGCGUCCAGUCGUACUCGACCACCUCAUCAAGGCCCGGCUGGAGGCCAGAGCUGGGAGCGCAGUCGCCCCGUUCUCCAGGAUGA